AUGUCUCCAGAUGUUGUGGAGUCCACUGGGGUCUUCACCACCAUGGAGAAGGCUGGGGCUCACUUGAAGGGCGGAGCCAAGAGGGUUAUCAUCUCUGCUCUUUCUGCUGAUGCCCGCAUGUUCGUGAUGGGUGUGAACCAUGAGAAGUAUGACAACUCCCUCAAGAUUGUCAGCAGUGCCUCCUGUACCACCAACUGCUUGGCUCCUCUGGCCAAGGUCAUCCAUGACAACUUCGGCAUUGUGGAGGGACUCAUGACCACCGUCCCUGCCAUCACUGCCACCCAGAAGACUGUGGACAACCCCUCUGGGAAGCUGUGGCGUGACGGCCGAGGGGCUGCCCAGAGCAUCAUCCCUGCUUCCACUGGUGCGGCCAAGGCUGUAGGCAAAAUAAAUAAAUAAAUAAAUAAGAUCUUUUUAAAAAAAGA